UGUGACGGUUCAAUACAUAAUUCAAUAUGAUUCUCAUAAGUUAAUUUAGUGUUCCAAUUUUAUACCACAAAAGUAUUUAUUUUAAAAUUCGUGGCCAAGACUUGUUUUCGACACUACAAAAUGUAUUGUAGACUAAAUAUAAGAUGUAUUUGCGCAAAUGGAGUAACCAGCAGAUUUCUCAGUACAGCAGAAAUCUCUACAGCACUUCGACCAUUUUACUUCAGUGUACAUCCAGAUCUUUUUGGAAAAUAUCCAGAACAAAGGAAAAUAAACGAACAGUCACUGCAACAGCUGAGUGCUUUUUUAGAAGCUCAACAAUCUAGAAGGAGAAUGGUUGUACCGCCUUUGCCAUUCUAUUUGAGACAAAAAAACACAGCAGAAGGUGAAUUUAAAUUAGUACAAAUCCAAUUAAAUGGCAGCGAUACAAGGGACACAGUUGUUAAAGUACUGAACGCAUGUAAUAUAUCAACAAGCUAUGUGGACAAGAUACCUCAAGCUCCUCUAAAAGAAGAUUCAUUUAGCAAACCUGAUUUCAUAAAGGCAUACCAACGCUAUAGUACAGAAUUUGAAAAUGCAACUGAAAUAAAAAAGAAAGUAGAAGAAAAGAAAGCAAUCGACAAUAUUGUAGACUGGGUGUACGAGAACAGUGCUGUGGCCCGUGAAAAAUAUGAGCUGAUGAGCGCAACAAGAGACCAAGUGAAGAGCCUGAUUGAUCACCUAUGCAAAACUUACGGUAUUAAAGAAGUGAAAUAUGAUAAUGGCUGGAAUAUCAGUCAUAUCAGAGGAGCUUUGCAGAGUCUAGUUUCACUUGCUACGCAACAUUCCAAUAUUAUGGAUAAUUUACAAGGCAGAACAAUUGCACUGGGUCAAUUCACCGGAGUGAGCUUGGAUGGAGAUGUAUAUCUUAACAUUAUAGAUGUCAGAAACGAGUGGUUAUCAUUAAUAAAGAAAGUAAGGCAAGAAGACAGCGCGCUGACUAUGAUACCUAGUUAUGAGAAGGCUCUAUCCAGUAUCUUACGUGAUAUUCAUAUACGAAGAAGAAAAUUCAUGCCAAAGGUUUCGGCGGCGCUGUAUUGUAGUCAUCUGAGACAGCUAAUAACGUCCAUAGGCGAUUUUUACGGACGAGGAAACAAAUUUCCUCCGUCUGUACCGGAAUCUCUUAGCAAAUACGAAAUCGUUGUUGAACCGGAGGCAGGCCCUCUGAUGGUGUCACCGACUGGACAGUUCAUCACUCCGUCGUCGUGUCCAGCUGACGAGCUAAUAGCAUACAUAAAUAAUCAUUUAGACGAAGCGACUUUACUUCUAACCGAAUAUAGCAUAAAUAAACACGUCGAGAAAGCAUUACACAAAGAGGUAAAAGAAAGAUUUGGACUACUAGAACUACACAAGGACGAUAGUAUAACUCCAGGACUAAUGAUUUCGUGUUGUCAACGUCUAUUGACUAGAACGGAUAAACUGAAUGCGAAUCUACGAGGUAACAUAUUGUACGUAACACAUUAUUACUCUGUGUUAACUGAAGGCAUUUUAUGUAUACCGUGGAAUUUUAAAUAAUCGAAUGUAUAUAUAAUUAUUACAUCAAUAUAAUGAUAUCAAUUUAAUGUACGUAGU